AUGCUAGACUACAUCCCCAAAUCGCGGGUCAACAACCUGCACCUCUACAAGUACAGCGGAACCGACAAGUCGCUCGUCUCCAAGUACAUCCUCGGUCCCUACUGGAACUGGCUUGUCGAGCUCUUUCCCAAAUCGGUCGCGCCCAACACCAUCACUCUGUCCGGUCUAUUGCUCGUAUUCAUCAACUUUGCAACGCUCGCCUAUGUCGACCCGGGUCUCGAAUGCGCUACGCAGCUCAAGCUUUCGUCCACCGCACACACUCUGGCGCUCAACAAAGCAUUCCCCUCCGAUGCGUCGCUGCUACCUGUUCACCCGCUCUUUUCCAACUUUGGCAUCCCCGGUGCUGCGGCCAAGAUCGAUUUCGCCCCCCGCUCAGACACGGCGGGUCGAUGUCUCCCACCAUGGGUCUUCUACACCUGGGCCCUCUGCCUGUUCGCAUACCAGAGCCUCGAUGCCAUUGACGGCAAGCAAGCGCGUCGAACCGGCAUGGCCGGUCCCCUCGGUGAGAUGUUCGACCACGGCUGCGAUGCCAUCAACACCACGCUCGAAUGUGUGCUCUGCUGUGUAGCGCUCAAUUUGGGUCGCUCAGUCUGGGCGCCCGCCUCGCUCGUUGCCACCCUCGCCAAUUUCUAUUUGACGACGUGGGAGGAGUUUCACACGGGUACGCUGUUCUUGUCCGCCUUCAGUGGACCGGUGGAGGGCAUUCUGAUGAUCGUGGGUAUCUAUGCGGUGACUGGGUUGGUGGGCGGACCGCUGUUCUGGGAUCGAGGCAUACUCAAUGUGACUGGUCUCGCAAAGAUCGAUGCGGUAAAGGACAAUUUGGGACGAUUCAAUCUGCCGUUGAACGACGCGUUCUUGGCCUUCGCCUGCGUAGGGUUGCUAUUCAACAUCGCCGGGUCGUACUCGAACGUCGUUGCUGCACGCAAGUCGCGCAACCAGUCCACAUUGACCCCGCUCCUGGGGUUGACGCCGUUGAUCGCCCAAAUCACCGCCAACAUCUUCUGGAUCCGCGCCAACCGCUCGUUCAUCCUCGCCGAUCCCCGUGCACUGCUGCCCUUCCUCUCGUACUGGGGCAUCACCUUCGCCUACAACGUAGGCCUGCUCAUCGUCGCCCACGUCACCAAGGCGCCCUUUCCCUAUUGGAACAUCGGCAUUCUCUGGUCCGUGGUGUUCGCUAUCGAUGCAAACCUGCCAACGAGCUACCUCCAGACGGAUCCCGAGACCCAGCUCAAGGUCAUUUACGCUAGUUUGGCGUUUGCGGCAGUGCUGUACGUGCAUUUUUGUCAUAAUGUGAUUACGACGAUCACGGAGGAGUUGGGCAUGGCGUGCUUCGUCGUUAGACCGCCGACCAAGUUGAAGCCGCCCAAGAAGAGGCAGUAG